AGUCAGUCCGUAUUUAUAGCUAAAUCCCGCGCCUUUUUGCUCAGAUGUUCAGACAGCUGUGCGUCAUGGCGCGCUGCGCUCUGUGCUGCAUUUUGCUGGGCUUGUGCGUGACCUCCUCUGCUCAAGAUCUUUGCGACAGUGAUGAGAAAUCCAGCAAUCAAUGUGGAAACCUGUUAUAUGAUAUUAAGAAGUACACCUGUUGUGACAGGAGUGUAACUCAAGGUCCUCACCUGUCCUGCUGCGGAACCACUGCCUACAACAAACUGGAUAGCUCAUGCUGUAACAAUAAGAUCACAGCUGGUCUGAGUCAAACCGUUUCAUAUUGCUGCGGACCGAAGGCUUACAACCCCCUCAAUCAGAUCUGCUGCAGUGGAAGGAUCCAGAAUAAAACUUCUGCUCACACAGCAUGCUGUGGCUCAGGCUUAUAUGACACCAAGAAGCAGUUGUGCUGUAUAAAUCAGUUCGUCUGGCCCAAGGAAACAGACAAUCACGUGUGCUGUGGCAACGCAACACUGAACACACUCAAGCAGUGCUGCUGUGCUACUGAUACUCUUAAAGUGGAGAAUCUUGACAGCGCAUGCUGUAAACAGAAGUCGGAAAGAGAUAAGAUCACAGCUGGUUUGAGUCAAACCGCUUCAUAUUGCUGCGGACCAAAGACUUACAACCCCGUCAAUGAGAUCUGCUGCAAUGAAAGGAUCCAGAAUAAAACCUCUGCUCACACAAAAUGCUGUGGCUCAGGCUCAUAUGACACCAAGAAGCAGUUGUGCUGUAUAAAUCAGUUUGUCUGGCCCAAGGAAACAGACAAUCACGUGUGCUGUGGCAACGCAACACUGAACACACUCAAGCAGUGCUGCUGUGCUACUGAUACUCUUAAAGUGGAGAAUCUUGACAGCGCAUGCUGUAAACAGAAGUCGGAAAGAGAGAGUGCAGCCCUUUCAAAUGGAAGCCAGCCAGCAAAUUCUACUGACCUGGUGGAGGAUCCCAGACAAAUGGCCUAUCAAGGCUCAGCUCGCUCCGAGACACUCUACUGUGGAUCUGAACCAUACAAUCCCAUUGAAGAUGUCUGUUGUUCAGGGAGGCAGAUUAAAAAAAAAUCUGGUGUCACUCAAUGUUGUGGUGAAAAACCAUAUGAACUGUCAGAAGAGGGAGUGCUUUGUUGCGAUGGACAGCUCUACCGCGGCCAGCCGGCCGGCUCUAUAUGCGCUGGGAAUGUACCGUACUCUCCGCACAACUGCACCGUCUGCCAGAAGCAUGCGCACCUACCAGCAGGCCAGCAGUGCUGUGGGAAGAACACCUUUGACCCCCAUAAGGAUAUCUGCUGCAAUGGACACAGCCAUAAAGGGAAAGCGGACAUGACCUGCUGUGGCUCUCAUGCUUACAACGCCAGCUCUGGUACACAAAUGUGCUGUUCAGGCCACCUCCAUGACCUGACGAACCUGAAGAACAAAGAAGAGGCGGAGUGCUGUGGUCCUGUAUUGCUGACCAAUAAGACGGAGCAACAGUGCUGCCACUCAGCAGAGAAAACUCUGGUCUAUAAGGCCCAGCCUGGCCAUUCCUGUUGUGGUCACUGGUACUACAGUAUGUCGCUGUGGAGCUGCUGUGCUGGACAGCUCAUUCCUAAGCCGACACAUGGCACAAAGAGGAACGAGUCAAAGCUUAUUCGCAACAUGUCGGAAUACAGCCAGUCUGACAUCUGCAAUAAGACAGUGCUGUUAGGAACGGUGGCGAGUGUAGCAGUGAAGGAGAAUGGGCGCUAUAUCGUGCUGAAGGACCCGCUGGAGGUGAAUGACACCGAUGUGACAUCCUGUGGAAACUCUCUAGAAGUCGGGCCACUGGACCACUGCCUCUUCCCUGCGCUGGAGUUAGGCAGGACCUACCUCUGGACGAAAAACAAACAGAGCAAAUAUGAGCCUUUGGCUGACGUUAACGGCCUGACAACCCCACUUCACACCAUCUUGAGCCUUUGUCAAAGUAACCGUACAUGCUAUAAUGCUUAGCAUUCGGGACAUAUUCUAAAGCCUCUUUUCCACUGUAGAUCACAGAAAGUGGCAUUCUGCGGCCGCUAAGUCUGAACAAGAAUGUAAAGCUGAAUUUAAAUUUAGUAUGUAGGCCAUUACGGUGUAUUUUGCUACUACUGCAUUGCCAAGGACAUGUUGCUAAGAAUGUGAUUGAGAAGGCCGAGAUGGCGACUACAACUAAGCUAACAACGCUAGCUUCUGUUAGCUAACACCAAAAAUAGUAAAAAAGAUAUUCCUCUGUUGUCAGUGACCUCGACAAACUAACAUAUUGGCAGAUCGACUGAUGAGAGAAAAGCUAGUGUAGAAGUCCACAAGUCAUCACCAUCUACCAUUGCAUUGGUAUGGUCUCCACUCCAGUGUUAGCAUUAGCUCAUUAGCUCAUCUGAAGCAGCUUCUGCUACUCAAGCCCUGAGACCAAGGCCCAAUCACAUUUCUUCUUUUUGCCCCUACCCCUUGUUUUUGAGUGUCAUCCUAACCCCUUGAAACUGAGUUACAAGGGGUAGUGGUUGAAAUCUUGCCCUAUGAAAUGGGACCCUCAAAAAAACAAAACAUUACCUCAUUAAGUGGCUACUAGCACUCGAGAAAAGUUCAGCUCCUCACUGCUGGGCUUUAGUUAGAUUUAGGGCAUUUGCCUUCAAAGAGGUGCAAUUAUUUAUUAUCGUCCAAUGCUAAUUCAUUGAUGAUACGAAGCUAAAAUCAGAUAUUCACCAGCUUCUUGUUCAAAUUUUCCUGUUCUACCUUAAAUGUUGCAGCAGUUACAUUCUGGCGCUUCAGGCAUCAGAACUGCUGGACUAUUUAAGGUGAAACGAGAAAGUUAGCUAGCUAGCUACAGAGACAUUAGAAGGCAUUUAGUGAUCUUUUCUGCUUGUUAUGAAGAAAGCGACGAUAAUAUACUGAAACAAUAUUAAACUAAGAAAAUACAGUGGUUAUUGUAACUUUUUAACAGAGAAAAUUCUCACAUUUGUGGGUUGCUUUGGUCUCUUGUGCUCCGUCUUGCCAGUUUUCUUUUUUGCUCAUAACACUGCAUUUGGAGUGUCUCUGAAAAACCUCCAUUUGCAGGGUCAUGUAGCCUUAAUUCUUCGCCCAACCCCUCUAUCUCAACGAGAAUUGGGACACCCUAAACCUAGACGUGAACGUGCAAAACAGAAAGCUAAGGACUGAGUGGUAGGAGUGAGGGGUGAAAUGGCAUUGGGCCUUAGACUAGAUUUGACAAACAGUGACUUUUCACUGGUGCUGUUUUUGAAGUGUUGGGUAAUAUACCCCAACAUUACUGGACACCUAUUCAUAAUUUGUGAUGUGAUAUAUAGUGACAUUAGCAAGAGUUAUACAAUGAUGGAAAUAACCAGUUCCAAAUCCAGUACCACAGGCUGUCGUCAUGUCUGGUACAGUAGAUUGGAGAUGGACAUAAAAGUCCUUAUCUCAUGUGAUAAGACUACAAAGACAUAGGAGGAUUUUUUCCAAGUGCACUUAACUGAAUAUCUGGGCAUUAAAUGAGAAAUUUCUGUGAAAUUAAGUGGCUGAGAUGUAAACAAAGUCAUUAAAAACAGUUUGAUGUGAAAUGCUCCAUUGAAAAGAAACGUCACAGUUGUUCACAGUGGUAGCGAUAGGAACCGAACAUCUGAAGCAUUUUAACGGUUGUAAAAGCUACCUCUAAAUGCUUUUGAAUGCACUACCUAAAGCCUGAGACUUCAUUUUACAAUAGUUUUAAGAUAAUAGUUUGGCCUAAAACUCAUUAAAAAUGUUAAAAUAAACCCCAAAGCAAACAUUUUGCUUUUUCAUGUCCUCAUGUUUUCACUAUUUCACAUCAAACCAGCGUGAAUGACUUUGUUUACAUCUCAAUGACUGAACUGUGCUGAAUUUCUCUCAUAUGGAUACUUGAAUAUUGAAAUCAGAAUGUAUAUCCCUGAUCCACAGUAUGGCUAAACCUACAUCACUUCACGCUACUGUUGUGAUGCUACAUCUGCCAUUUCAAAACUAAGAACAGUCCAAAAAUCCUCUAUAUAGUCAACAGAAUGAGGAGUGACUACAAGAUUAUUACCUACAGCAGUGUUAUUACGUUCCCGUGAUACUGUCACUGACUCACUGUCAUCAGUGCGGUUCUCCUCUUGAUUUAGCAUCUUUCCAGUCUGCUCUGGUCCAGAAUGGCACAGUGUAACUUCUCAGCCCUACAGUGGAAAAGAGGCUGCAGUGAACAAUUAGCAGUGAACUACAUUCCUGCUUUCUAGCUUCUGAAACAUUUACAGCUAACCAUGAACAUUCUGGUAGCUGUCCAGCCAAAAAAGCUGUGGCACAAACCUGCCAGACUUUUAAUCAUUGUCUCAGUUUUGUCUCCACUUUAUCAUUUUAUAUCAGAAAGGAAUCAGAUUAUAAAGUAAUAUACAAUAAAUGCUUUGUAAUUUAAUGUUAAUUGUUUGGGGUCAGGGAGCAGAUUUUGUAAUGUAAGCUACCAGAAUCUGCAGAAAUUGCACUCAGAAGUCAUGAAUGUCUGUGAUUUAAAACAGCUUUCUUCAAGCAGAGCGUGAAUGACAGUACUGUAUACAUCGAGGCUGUUUACACCUUUACACCUUGCAUGAUCAACUUCAGAUUUUCACCAAAAUCUAGGAAUAUGGAGGAUAUAUGAGGUUGGAGGUAAAGUGCAGACUUAUUUUAGGCCAUCUGCUGGUUGCAUUCUAAAUAUUGUAAAUCUCCAUUCAUUUCGCUGUAGGGAGCCUUAAAAAUCAUUUCAUUAAUGUGGAACAUUUUGCUGAGUGACAAUACGGGGUGAUUCAAAAUUCAUCCAAUUUCAAAAUGAUUUAUUUCACUUGUAAAUCAUUAUACAGUAGAACAUAGUAUGCAGAAUGCAGUAAGCUAUAAAUAAUUUAGUUGAGCAUAAAGUUUAUUAUGUAAUUGUACAAGUGCUCAGAAUGAACCUCCUCCAGGUGAACGGACAGUCACAGGCAUGAGAUCCAGUGAUGCUGGUGACCUUUUUCUUGGAACAGUUGGUCCCAACGACAAAUGCUCUGAGCUGAUAGAGGUUCACUGCCAGAGUGACAGUCAGUCAGAAACUCUAUGACCCCCCCUCUUCCAACUGGAUUGUGAUUGGUUCCUAGGCACCUCAUGAAUGUAAAAAUAUGGCGCUUUGAAAUCAGAUGAGUCUUUUUGAACCACUCUGUACUGUAGAGGCUAAGCUACAAUUGAACUACAAAACCCACAGGUUUGAUGUGUGUGAGACUGAUGCCAUCCUGCGACUUUGUAGUCCAUGUUGAACCGUGUUUUGAAUGCAAACAGCAGGAGAUGAUCCGACUGCUUUUCUUCCGUAUCCCAAAACCAAUGUACUGUUUCAAUACUUUCACUUCCAAGGGCCACUUCCAAUGGCCACUUGUAGCAUAAAAGGAGGAUGAACAGCAAAAAUUAUUUAAUCUGAAUUAUAUAUGGUUGCAUUGCAACCUCAGCCCUGUGAGAUUCAAUCAGUGGCUUGAUUGUUGUUCAGUUACAGCACCUAAUCUUCUCCGCUAUGGCAGUUCAGGGCUGCCUGGUGCCUAAACACGUCAGGCACUUUUCCUUAACAAUUGUUGUUACUUUGAGUGUAAAAUUAAGCAGAAGUUAUUUAAAAACAUGAAAGCACCUAGAUUCCAGGACAUUUUGUGUCCAGGAACUUUUUCCUGGACAGACGACCAAAAUCCAGGAUGAUCCAGGAAUCUUGGACAAGUGACAACCCUGUUUUUGGCCAGGUUAGCCACAGUGAGUUAAUUGGCUAAACAUGCAAACUUUACAAUGCGGAAUAUUUUUUUCUGGCCUUUAUAUUUGGUUUUGUAUUUUCUUUCAAUUAAAAAAAAAAUUAGGCAAAAUGACGUUAGGCGCUUUUUACAUGGUAAAGUUUUAGGACAUCUCAUCUGGUCUCACUGAGGAUGCAUUGUAGGGAAACGUGAAGAAGGACAUCCACACUUGAAAAACAUAAGACAUAAUGCAAGGUGUAAACAGCCUGAAGCCGGCAGCAUUUCAAAAGGAAACAUUUUGUACCUAAACGACGUCUUUUUGACCAACCCAGUGAGGUGACCAGUAAACUAGCUGCUGAACAUCUAAACUAUGUUUCUUUGUUCUUGAAUGUGAUUGGCCCACGGCACAAAUUGGGCUUCUAGUGGUGCUGAGACAUACACCCAACUGUUUAAGGUCAUACAUAGUAUAUACAAAGGAUACUGCCGGCUCUAUUGUUUGUACUUCAGAGCUCUUAGCCUGGUGCAUAUUCCAGACACGGGUGAACAAAACAUCAAAACGCUAUUUUUUACUUUAUAUAUUUUUAUCUAUCUCGUAAAAUGUGUGUGACUUUGUUGCUGUGUGGAUUAGGCACCUUAAAUUGAUGAGAAAUCUUUAGAUUACUCAAUGCUGUGUAUGAGCCAUUUCCUAUAGGCUAUUACAUCACGAUCAGGAGCAUUCAAGGUAUUGUGUGCAUCUUAACUGCUUUUUUUUCUAAUGCCAUGUGGUGAGAUUUUCAAACUAUGUAUCAAAGCUAACCUAUGCAACUCAUAAAGCUGUCUGAAUGAGCUUGACGAUGGUUUCAGGGAACAACUUAGUAUAUUAAUAUAGAUUCCAUAUGCUACGGUUAUACAUUAUAGAACGUGAUGAGACCUGUGCACCAGUCAGUGGUUUCGUCUAGACUGAACCGCAUGUACUCUCAGUGUUCUCAUGUAUAAACCGCCUUUAUCUUGUUUCUGUAUACAGCUAUUCAUAUUACAUAUUCAAAUAAAGUGUUCAAGCAAUAUCAGAACUCAA